UGUGCACAUGUGGCAGAAGAGAAAAGAAUUACCAGUCAGAAGCUGCUGCAAAUAUGUGCUCGGUCAACAGACAACAAGGUCCAAAGCAACAGUCAUCUCAGGUACAAAACUUGCGAAAGAAAUACAUAAAGAAGUUCAGAAGGAUGUUGCAUCUUGGCUGACACUUGGAAACAAAAGACCCCAUCUCAGUGUGAUUUUAGUGGGAGACAACCCUGCAAGUCAUACUUACGUAAAGAACAAGAUAAAAGCUGCAACAACUGUAGGAAUAUCAACGGAGGUGAUCCAGAGACCCAGAAAUAUCUCACAGGAAGAACUGCUAGAUGUCAUAGCUAAGUUAAACAAUGAUUCCAGUGUUAGUGGACUGCUGGUACAGUUACCAUUGCCAGAUCACAUCAGCGAGCGCGUUAUAUGCAAUGCUGUUGCACCCAAAAAAGAUGUUGAUGGUUUUCAUUUUGUCAAUAUUGGAAAACUUUGCCUGGAUCAGGACUCCAUAAUACCUGCCACUGCUGGGGCAGUGUGGGAAAUUAUCAAAAGAACUGGGAUUGAAACAUUUGGGAAAAAUGUUGUAGUUGCAGGAAGAUCUAAAAAUGUUGGUAUGCCAAUUUCAAUGCUACUUCAUACGGAUGGAAAACAUGAGAGACCUGGGGGUGAUGCUACAGUGACAAUUACACAUAGAUACACCCCAAAACAACUGCUGAAAUGUCACACACAAUUGGCAGAUAUUGUUAUUGUGGCUGCAGGGAUUCCCAAACUGAUCACAGCAGACAUGAUUAAAGAAGGUGCUACUGUAAUCGAUGUGGGCAUUAAUUAUAUAGAAGAUCCGGUCACAGGAAAAACAAUGUUAAUAGGUGAUGUGGAUUUUGAAGAGGUGAAGAAAAAGGCAGAUUUUAUCACUCCAGUUCCUGGAGGUGUUGGACCAGUUACAGUUGCAAUGCUACUGAAGAAUACUCUAAUGACUGCAAAAAAACUCAUUUUCUGAAACUGUCUCUAAAUGUCCCAGUAAGUGGGUAACAAAUGCAUCUCAGCAGCAAACAAUAUGCAACUUGCCAUACCAAAUCAUAGACAGAAUGCAAUAUAUUUUUUAUUUUGAAUGGUGUUAAAACAAUGUUUAAACAAUCUUUUUAUAGAGGAACAAAAAAAUAUACAGGGCAUUAUUCACACCCUGAUAUAAUUAUG